AUGAGCCGCCGCCGACGCCGUCCGAACGCCAAGGUCAACCGAAAGAUCCCGGAGAACGCCACUCGCUCUGGAACCCAUCGAAACACAACCGCGGUUGAAUUAUCUGUCAACCUCGCAAUGGGAUGCAAAAAGGGCCGCAGAAAUUUCCCGGCACCGGAAAAUGCAUCAUUCUCGAAACAAAAACCCCAACGCGAGCAACGGCAAUAA